GGAAGGCAAAGUAUGUUAAAAAUAUAAAAUCAUCAAUAGACUACUACAUAAGAAGUAAAAAAAAGUAAAGACCAUAAGCUCAAAGAAAAAUACUUUAAAUUCGCAACCUCAACACAUGUAUAGGCAUUUGCACUGCGGACGGGGAAACUUAAACCAUCGUAUUCGCCGCCCGCAACGGCAACGCUGCACCAAUUUACGAAAACCCUGAAGAUAUCUCAUUGCUAAAGGCACCAAAACCAUCAACGUAACCGCAACAGAAAACUACCAAAAAACGUAUCAUAGCCAAAAUAUACGCAAGCGUCGACCAUGUCGCAGGACGGUAAAGUCUCACCACCCCAAUAUAUCGUGACCACCCCUAGCGAGGUGGACGCGGAAGAAGUACGCUCGGAGCAGGACUUGGAGUGCGGUGAGGAUGGCGUUGCCGAUGAACUGACUGCGCAGCAGAAGCUUAUAGGUCAAAUGGCUACACAAAUGGCCAGUCGUUCCUUCUCCGUCGCCACUAGCUCCUCUAUAAUUAAAAGAGGCGGCAAUUCAUUCGAUGGUGACACAGCUUUGGGCAGCGCCGUGCUUGGUUCCACCGUAUCCACGCAGCAACAGCAACAGCUCAGCAGUCAGGUGGUGCACUCACAGAAGACCAUAACGACAAAUACUCGCAGCCAGAGUUUGCAAUCAUCAUCAAUGAUUAGCGGCGAUCAUUCGCUAUUAAGCCAGCUGGGUGGAAGCAUCGGGGGACUGGGUACUGGCAAUACUGCAGUUACACAGCUGAGCGGACAGUUGAAGGCCAAAUCUAGUACUUCAAUUGUGUCUAACGAACAGCGCAAUUACAUACAAAAGAUGGCGUCCACCACUUCGUCCUCAUCGACUAAAACGAAUUUUAAGAGCUUCCUACAACAUCCCGAUACCACCGGACAUCCCAUUAGCUCGAGCAGUGGCAGUUUUCUCACUGCUCAUCAAAAACAUGUACGUCAAUUUGUGCGCUCCACUUCGGCGCAUUCGGAAGCCACAGGGCAGCCAGUGAGUAGUUCGUUGGGCGGCCAACGUCCUGAUAAAUGUAUACGUAGUGCUUCGACUCAAAUCGAAGAGAUUGGUUUAGCUGAGGCAGGUGAGGCUGGAGUGGUAACAUUGUCCACCAACAAGUUGGGACUUCAGCAGUCCUCAUCGAUUUUAAUCUCAAAGUCAGCGGAAACCAUCGAAAUGAAGACAUCAUCCCAAUCAACAGGCAUACGCACACAGUUGACAUUGUCUGGUGGUCUAUUGGCGCCACCGAACCGCAAAAUUACGAUUUUAAGUCCCAUACACGCGCCAGCUGGCUUGCACGAGCUUUUGAAACGUUCGGGUCGAUCACCGUUGUCGCCGCGCAUCAGCUUCCCAGGCAGUGAAGCGGACCUUUUUGGGUAAGUUUUCACCUUCAAAAAUCACAAGGCGAAAAUGCUGGUUUUGGCUUUGCAAAUACUCAGUGCAGGUAAGGUUUUAGUAACGAUGCACUCGUUAAAGUUUCGUAAUAAACACAUACUUUUGAGUUCAAAACUAAGUUUUGGUGUUGAAUUGACGCGAAAGGUUUGCGUAUACGAAAUCAUUUAUUUGGCGUUUUUUCGUCACGCUCUUCUCAACACCAGUGAGAUAUACAGCGGGAAUGGUGAGGCUAGUGUUGGGUACACAUUUCAUGUAUAUCAUAAAAUUAAUGAAGUUCUUAAACUCAAUUAAAGUGGCACGUCACUUUUAGACUAAAAGCAGAAAAUGAAAUAAGUUAAGUAUACGCAGGGCUGAGCCAUGCAUUAACGCAGUUUGUGCGACCGAAAAUCUCGGGAUGCAUACAUGCCUACAAAUAUUGAUUAAUAUAGUUCUGAUUUUAUUGUUUCAUUC